GUCGGAUCGAUGCGAAACGUUUUAUUUAUGCGUGGAAUGAGGAACCCGUCCUGUGUGAAUAGAGAACGAUCACAAUUUGGAACGGAUAAUUGUACAGGUCUCUUUUUAUCCCACUACUGCUUUUUCUUCUACUUCGAGAUUUGUUGGAUAAUAGCCUUAAUCAACACAAUGCAAGAUGUUCAUUUAUCUGAGGAUUCAUGCCGAAACGGUAAAUGUAUAGGCUAAUACUUCAAUAUCAUCAUAUUACUGUAGGCUACGCUACUUAAUGGGAAAUGGAGGCCUGCAAUAUUUUUGAAUGUUUGUGAUUUAGCAACAGUAGGCUUAUUUAUGAAGGGCGUUAUUGGCAGAGUUUGCAGACCAGAAUAACAGUUGGGUUGGCAUCCCUGAAUAUACUUAAUAGCCAAAAACAAAAAGGUUAUUGUCAGAAAUGAUUUUCUAAACGUCUUCAUCUGGAGCAGAACACAUUUUGGGACGAAGCCAGCUAAAUUAAUGAUUUUAAAAGCAGUUUGAGAAUAUUUUAGAAAGUCAAGUGGGGCUGUUCAUGUCUUUGAACUACUUUAAUAUGCCCGUUUGUUUUUCAGGUCAUUCCACUUGAAAUGACCAUAUAAUUGAUGAUUUCUAAACUCAUGAGAAUAGUAAGCGCAGCUGUGUGUGAAUAGAACACCUUUGUUGACAGAGAAAACAUGUCAUUGCAACAUGCCAGUGUGGGGAAAUUGUUCAAAUGGUGAGGUCAUGUAUUGAAUUACAGAAACUGUCAGUCUCACUAACAUGAAAUGUCACACGGAUUUCUAAAGUAGGCUAUCUUCUUAAUUUUUUGUCCCAAUGAAAUCCACAUUUUAUUUGACCAUUACAAUCUUUAAUUGGGCUUUGUGUAGACAGGCUAGUGUUGAUAACAGACAACAUGAAUACACUGGUAUCAUUCUGAUAAUUGCCAUGGAUAUUACUAUUGUGAUGUAACAACAAUCAGUAAUCACAUGACCUGGUAAAGCAUCAAACAUAAAGCAUCCACAUCAAACAUAAAAUACAUGACAGAAUAGACAAUAACAAAAUAAGAUAAUAUUACAUUUAAAAAAAAAAUAAGAUACGAGUCAUAUAUUGUCAAGACACCAAGAGACAACAAAAACACUUCUUACACACUAUUCAUGUAUACAUAGUAAUAUACUAAUAUACAGUACAUUUAAAGUAGAUCAAUAUGAUUAAAUUAGAUAAACAACCUCAAAUAUUGUAAAUAUAGCUAAUUUGAUAAAGAAGCCGUUUCUUGCAAAGUAUUGGGUGGCGCAGUGGUCUAAGGCUAUCUCCUGAGUGGCGCAGUGGUCACUGCAUUGCAGUGCUAGCUGUGCCACUAGAGAUCCUGGUUCGAAUCCAGGCUCUGUCGUAGCCGGCCGCGACCAGGAGACCCAUGGGGCGGCGCACAAUUGGCCCAGCGUCGUCCAGAGUAGGGGAGGGAAUGGCCGGCAGGGAUGUUGGUAGAGCAUGGCGUUUGCAAUGCCAGGGUUGUGGGUUCGAUUCCCAGGGGGGGCAGUAUAAAAAAAAUAUAAUGUAUGCACUCACUAACUGUAAAUCGCUCUGGAUAAGAGCGUCUGCUAAAUUGGGUAAAUCUCUACGUUUGCACUGAACGAUACGUUUCCCCAAAACUUUCUUGUAAAUUCUUGAACAGUACGUUUGCUCCCAUUUGGUGGGUGUGGCGAGGUGUGGCUUGACGCAAUCAGUGACGUAUUUAAAGGGUGGUGGCCAUGCUGACAGCGUUCCCCGAACCCCUCCCUGUUUUUUCAACUGGUCCUUCAGUACAGUACAGUACAGUACAGUACAGUACAGUACAGUACAGUCAGACCCGUCGCCAGACCUCAGUCUUAAGGGGGGCAUAUGAAAUGCAUGGGAGGGCAGGGCACAAUUAUUAUUAGCCUACAGUACGUAUAUUUAAUAAUACAUUAAAUUAUUAAAGCAUUUUUGGGGGCGGGCCCGGCCCCCUAUGGCCCGCCCAAAGCGACGGGUGUGAGUACAGUACAGCACAGCACAGUUUCCGUUCCAGAACGUAGAAACGUACCGAAAGCAGCCCAGAUUGCUGUAACAUUUCCCCCUACUCAGACGUUGGACGCAUCAACCACUGGUUAGCUGAUAGGUAAAAUACCUAUCCAGACGUUGUAAGAUCUGGUAGGCGUCACCAACGUCUGAGCAGAGGAACGCGCCAUUGAUCAGAAGUGAAGCGCAGCGCUGUGGCCUACUCUUCUCGAGGCCAAUGAGAGAGCUGCUGACGGAGGUAAUGGGCGGGCCAGACAUACACCUGAGCAGGUCAGUGUGAUUUGUUUGUGUGCCCCACGCCCCCUGUGAAUAAUCUGUCGGAUCGAUGCGAAACGUUUUAUUUAUGCGUGGAAUGAGGAACCCGUCCUGUGUGAAUAGAGAACGAUCACAAUUUGGAACGGAAAAUUGUACAGGUCUCUUUUUAUCCCACUACUGCUUUUUCUUCUACUUCGAGAUUUGUUGGAUAAUAGCCUUAAUCAACACAAUGCAAGAUGUUCAUUUAUCUGAGGAUUCAUGCCGAAACGGUAAAUGUAUAGGCUAAUACUUCAAUAUCAUCAUAUUACUGUAGGCUACGCUACUUAAUGGGAAAUGGAGGCCUGCAAUAUUUUUGAAUGUUUGUGAUUUAGCAACAGUAGGCUUAUUUAUGAAGGGCGUUAUUGGCAGAGUUUGCAGACCAGAAUAACAGUUGGGUUGGCAUCCCUGAAUAUACUUAAUAGCCAAAAACAAAAAGGUUAUUGUCAGAAAUGAUUUUCUAAACGUCUUCAUCUGGAGCAGAACACAUUUUGGGACAAAGCCAGCUAAAUUAAUGAUUUUAAAAGCAGUUGUUUGAGAAUAUUUUAGAAUGUCAAGUGGGGCUGUUCAUGUCUUUGAACUACUUUAAUAUGCCCGUUUGUUUUUCAGGUCAUUCCACUUGAAAUGACCAUAUAAUUGAUGAUUUCUAAACUCAUGAGAAUAGUAAUCGCAGCUGUGUGUGAAUAGAACACCUUUGUUGACAGAGAAAACAUGUCAUUGCAACAUGCCAGUGUGGGAGGAUAUUGUUCAAAUGGUGAGGUCAUGUAUUGAAUUACAGAAACUGUCAGUCUCACUAACAUGAAAUGUCACACGGAUUUCUAAAGUAGGCUAUCUUCUUAAUUUUUUGUCCCAAUGAAAUCCAAAUUUUAUUUGACCAUUACAAUCUUUAAUUGGGCUUUGUGUAGACAGGCUAGUGUUGAUAACAGACAACAUGAAUACACUGGUAUCAUUCUGAUAAUUGCCAUGGAUAUUACUAUUGUGACGUAACAACAAUCAGUAAUCACAUGACCUGGUAAAGCAAUCUGCUAUGUAGCCCAUUACCUCUGUGUGUUUUGGAUUGGUUUCUUUUCACCAGAUAUUCUGAUAGCGCCAUACUUUAUUGUACAUAAAUGUCCAGUUAUUUACUUAGAAAUAACAUGGUAAUCACACAAUAAGAUCAUAAUAGCUUUCAUAAAGCUAUAAGGCCCCAGCAGGUGAAGUGUAGGUGUGGCGACGCGGAGUGCCUGGAUACAGCCCUUAGCCGUGGUAUAUUGGCCAUAUACUACAAACCCUCGAGGUACCUUAUUGCUAUUAUAGACUGGUUACCAAUGUAAUUAGAGCAGUAAAAAUAAAUGUUUUGUCACACCCGUGGUAUACGGUCUGAUAUACCACGGCUGUCAGCCAAUCAGCAUUCAGGGCUCCAACCACACAGUUUUAUAAAAAAGCUAUAAUGUUAAAAGUUAUUCCACUCUGCUUGUUUUUUUCAGGUUCCACAAUAAGGCUACUGUGUCCAUCUCAGACUGCUGUGUGUAUAGUCAAUGUGGAUGCAGGCCUCCUCAACACCUCCUUCACUGACAAUAACAAUGCCACUGGGACAGGCCUAUCAGACGUCGGCGACAACUGGAGCAGCUAUAACUUCUGGAUUGGUUUGACUUUGGCGGUGCUGUCGGCCUUCCUGAUUGGAGGAAGUGUGAUGCUGAAGAAGAAGGCCCUGCUUCGCCUAGCCAAUAAUGGCCAGACCAGAGCAGGUGGGGGUCUUCUCAGUCAGGAAACACUGUUUUAAGGAUGUGGAAAAACAGAAAGACAUCACGUUGCACCACAGGAGGGCUUUGUCCUUAUUCUGAUCAAAGUUUACGUAGAAUCAAGUUUUGAUGGGUAUCAACUGACAGUCGUUUUUUUAAAGUAAUCACAAGCCGGCCUCCGCCCAGUACCCUGCCCUGAACCUCAGACACUGUCACUAGCUGGCUACCACCCAGUACUCUACCCUGCACCUUAGAGACUGCUGCCCUAUUUACAUAGAGUAAUUGAACACUGGUCACUUUAAUAAUGUUUACAUACUGUUUUCCCCCACUUAAUAUGUACAUUGAGUGUACAAAACAUUAAGAACACCUUCCUAAUAUUGAGUUGCAGUCUGUCAUGAAAAGAGCAGGUGUUCAUAAUGUUUUGUGCACUCAGUGUAUAUACUGUAUUCUAAUUAUGGCUCAUCCUAUAUAUAUCUACUGCUAUACACACCUUUUCUAUUCAGAUACUAUCCAUACUGUCUAUACACACCGUUCACAUUCAUAUAUAUUUAUUUAUAUUCCAGACUCUGAUAUUGCUCAUUCUGAUAUGUCUUUUAAUUUCUUGUUCUUUUUUAAACUUUUAGAUGAUGUGUGCAUCGUUAUUGUAUUGCUAGAUAUUCCUGCAUUGUUGGAGCUAGAAACAUAGUCAUUUCGUUGCACCUGCGAUAACAUCUGUAAAACUGUGUAGGCGACCAAGAAACUUGGAUUUGAUUUGACUAUGACCUAACGGUAUGAUAUUUCAGCAUAUCGAAAGAGAACAGUACAUCAAAGGUUGUUGUAGUAUCAGUGAAACGCAGUCUAAUAAAGGGCUCGCUCUCGUGUCAGUUAUAUAUAACGUUCGAUUAAACAAGCUGUACUGGCAUCAAGGUUUCCUGAGGACAAGAAACAACUUUAUUGCCUUCUACAGGAGGGUGUCGAGCAAUCAAUCAACUUUAAUUUGUCAUUGAUUGAUGUUAUUGAUUUGUUUGUCUUCUAUUCUAACGAAAGCCUGGUCUGCUGUGUUUUGUGCAGGUGAAGGUGGUCAUGGAUAUUUAAAGGAAUGGCUAUGGUGGAGUGGCCUUCUAACCAGUGAGUUUAUUUUGUCAAAUAUAUCCUCAAUGUUCGCCACAAGCACUAUAAUGUAAUGUGGGAAAAUGAAUAGUUUUAUCAUAGUUCUGUCGGGUAGCUAGUAGAACUAUACGGCUUAACCCAGGGGUGUUGAACCUCAUUUUGCCCCGGGGGUCGCAUUCGGUCCUUACUGAGGUCCGUGAGGCUGCAUUCGGUCUUCACUGAGGUUCAGAAUUUUUUUUGGGAUUUCCUUGCUGUCAAAAUUAGUAAAUACAAUUCCUCUAGCCAUUGUUUUUGGAAUUUUUGAUGAUCUCUGACUGUUUAGUAUUCAUUAGCGAGCUGGACAGUCAAGAAACUGUAUGAAUGUAGGUCCAUUAUCAUUUCUACACAGUUUUUAAUUUGGUUUUUGUCAAACGUAACCUCUACUCCCCAGAGAACAAAAGGGAUUAGGACUACAUACAUGUAUUUAUUCAUUUCCUGCUUCCCACAGUGGGUGCCGGUGAGGUUGCCAACUUUGUAGCGUACAUGUUCGCCCCGGCUACUGUGGUGACUCCUCUUGGUGCGCUGAGCGUCCUUAUCAGGUACCAUUACCUCUCUGUUCUCUAUUAACACACAGCUAGCUUUCACAUACAUGCACUUCCGUUCUCUCUGGUUCUUAAUUUUCCAUGACUGUGGAAAAUCUCACACCAUUGUUAUAAUUUUGUACCCUUAUUUUAGUGUACAGUAACGUGGAAACCUAUUAGAACUUUCAGGAGCUGUUGUGUGUCUUUUGUGUAAAUGUAUCCUCACAGCAAGUCAUUGUUCAACAGGUUUGCAUUAAUUUUCAAAUGACUGUAAUUGUGGCUUCUCUCUGGACACAGUGCAGUGCUGUCCUCCUACCUAUUGGGGGAGACACUGAAUCUGUUGGGGAAGCUGGGCUGUGUGCUCAGCAUACUGGGCAGCACUCUCAUGGUGAUCCACGCACCUGAAGAAGAGGAAGUCACUACCCUAAAGCAGAUGACUGACAAACUGCUUGACCCAGGUACAUUAUUUCUAUUCAUUGACAUAGGAAUUAUUCACACAGCAAUUAUUUUAUUAAGGGUAGCCCAACAAUGAGGUAAUGAACAUGUCAUUUAGAGUAGAGAACUUCAAAGAUAACAAAAUGCUAACGUCGUUAUUGAGCAAAUAUGUAGACAGAAGGACAGAAUGUACUUCUGCACCUGGGAAUAACACCUGUCUGUUCUCUAAUCACCAUCCACCACACCCUAGAGAAAUGCUUCUCUCUCUCUGUGCCAAGACUAAUUUUAAUGGCUCCUGUGUAUCCGCUUUGUAUCUCUAGGCUUCCUUGUGUUUGCCAGUAUCCUGCUGUUGGCCUGCCUGCUGCUCAUCUUCUACUUCUCCCCCCGUGUGGGUCAGACCAACAUCCUGAUCUACAUCGGCAUCUGUUCCCUGCUGGGAGCCUUCACCGUCUCCUCCGUCAAGGGCCUGGGCAUCGCCAUCCGCACAGUGUUCUCUGACCCGGCCGUGGUGCGCCACCCGCUCACCUGGAUCCUGCUGGCCUCCCUGGUCAGUUCCAUCGUCAUCCAGGUCAACUACCUGAACAAGUCCCUGGACACAUUCAACACGCUGCUGGUCUAUCCCAUCUACUACGUGUGCUUCACCACCGUGGUGCUCACCACCUCCAUCGUCCUGUUUAAAGAGUGGGGGACCAUGUCUGGGGUGGACGUGGUGGGCACCGUGGGGGCCUUCCUGGUCAUCAUCCUGGGGGUAGCCAUGCUGCACCUGUUCAAAGACAUCCACGUCACCCUGGAGGGCCUGGCCAGCAGAAUGUGUCAGCCGCUGGAGGUGAAACGGGAGGACAAACACAUCCUCAUUGAGAACAUGGAGAGCCUGCCUCCCAUGAGAGAAGACGCACCCAGGGUCUUUAUCAUCAGCUGAGAGACUGGCACCCAGGGUCUUUAUCAUCAGCUGAGAGACUGGCACCAAGGGUCUU